GUUGACAGACAAAAGGAUUGGGUUUUGUAAAUUUCAUGAGGCGAAGGAAACUCGAGCUGGAACUAGAACCAAUCGUUUUCUGACGCUCUUGCAAGCAAACGAGAGGACUGAUUCUGGAGUUGAAGACAGAGAGAAGAGAUGGGCAGCACAAGCACGAGCUCUGCUGCUCUAAUCCACCAUUUCCGCCUCACCAGUCCCGACAUGUGUUCGCCUCGAAAGCGUCCCUACACUAUGAACUUCUGCAACUCGUGGAAGGAAGGUGGACUCCGACACGGUCUAACGCAACGGUGUAGCAAAGGCUUAAUAAGACCGGUGGUUCGCUUCUCAGCUCUCGAUGAAAAUUCCGGCGAUAGACCAACGGAAACUACUCCUAGCCUUGGCUCUGCUGUACAAGACAGACCAGAUGCAUCCUUUGAGGAAGAAGAGAAAGCAAGUCCCAUCUAUGAGUGUCUCUAUCCAGAUAAAGAGGAGCUCCCUGAUGACAAAGAGAUGACUAUAUUCGAUCACCUGGAGGAGCUCCGUGAGAGAAUCUUCGUCUCUGUUUUGGCCGUGGGAGCUGCAAUCACCGGAUGCUUCGCCUUCUCCAAAGAUCUAAUAGUGUUUCUUGAAGCUCCUGUCAAAAACCAGGGUGUGCGGUUUCUUCAGCUAGCCCCUGGCGAAUUUUUCUUCACUACUUUAAAGGUCUCUGGUUAUUGUGGGCUUCUACUAGGGAGCCCAGUGAUUUUGUAUGAGAUCAUAGCUUUUGUACUUCCUGGUCUGACACGAGCUGAGAGACGGUUUCUAGGGCCGAUUGUGUUUGGUUCCUCCUUGCUGUUCUAUGCUGGACUUGCCUUCUCCUACUGGGUGUUAACCCCUGCAGCCUUGAACUUCUUUGUGAAUUACGCAGAAGGGGUGGUUGAAUCUCUGUGGUCUAUCGACCAGUACUUUGAGUUUGUGCUAGUUCUUAUGUUCAGCACGGGACUGUCUUUCCAGGUUCCAGUAAUUCAGUUACUCCUGGGACAAGUAGGGGUGGUGUCGGGAGAUCAAAUGCUUUCGAUAUGGAGAUAUGUAGUGGUGGGUGCGGUGGUUGUUGCAGCUGUGGUCACGCCCUCGACAGACCCAGUCACUCAAAUGCUCCUAGCAACGCCGCUUCUGGGGCUAUACUUGGGUGGUGCCUGGAUGGUCAAGCUCACAGGUCGGUGAGGAACUUGGCUGUUCAAAGACACAAAAUAAAAUAAUCAUGUACCUUUGUAGUGUAUACCACUUUCCGUGCAAGAGACCACAGUUUGGUGCCUAAAGUGUUCAUUUGAGUCUUCGUUUUAUUUGAAUGUACAUAUUUAGCAACCAGAAACGGGCAAAGAGGUUGAGGGGAGGGGUAUUUUUACGUGGUGGUAUAUCAAAUCAGAAACCAAAAUUAGAUGUU